UUCGUGUUUCGUAAGGACGACAUAUGAAAGUACACAAUGGAGAAACAGAGCAUCACACACACUUCUUCUUCAAUGUCAUCUUCUUGGAUCCGUGGUACAUGCAUUGGAAGAGGUUGUUUCGGUACAGUUAACACGGCGAUUAAUAAAACAGACGGUGAAGUUUUCGCCGUGAAGUCCGUGGAUCUCGCCACGUGUCUUCCCGCUCAGUUAGAGUCUCUAGAGAACGAGAUCACCGUUCUCCGUUCGCUCAAGCCUCAUCCCUACAUAGUGCGGUUCCUCGGCGACGGAGUCUCGAAAGAAGGAGCGACGUCGUUUCGCAACCUCCACUUAGAGUAUCUCCCAGAAGGUGACGCGGCUAAAAACGGAAUCGACGAGACUCUCCUACGGCGUUACGCGGCGUGUCUCGUCUCCGCUCUUCGCCACGUACACUCGCAAGGACUCGUUCACUGCGAUGUCAAGGCGAGGAACGUACUCAUCAGCCGGAGCUCCGGAGUCAAGCUAGCGGAUUUUGGAUCGGCGAUCAGAGUUAGCAGACCGACGGCUAAGUGUAAGAUUACGCCACGUGGAAGUCCUCUCUGGAUGGCUCCGGAGGUGAUCAGAGGAGAGUACCAAGGGCCGGAGAGCGACGUGUGGUCUCUUGGCUGCACGGUCAUAGAGAUGCUCACUGGCAAACCCGCUUGGGAAGAUCUCGGGGUUGACUCGCUGAGUCGAAUCGGUUUCUCCGAUGAGUUACCGAUUUUCCCAUUGACGAAGCUGUCGGAAACCGGGCGGGACUUUUUAGACAAGUGUCUGAAGCGAGACCUAAGUCAGCGAUGGAGUUGCGACCAGCUUAUGCAGCAUCCGUUUCUGUCUGAGUCUCAGUGUCACGACUCGUCUUGCGCUGAGUCAUCUCCGCGUUAUGUGCUGGACUGGGUUAACUCGGAUGAAGAAGGUGAGGAGGUAGAGAGAAGCGAGUGGAGUGCGGCGAUGACAAGGAUCUGUAAAAUUGCGACAACCAGAGGGGCAAAUUGGGAAACGGAUGGUUGGGUGGAUGUUAGAAGUCACCACCCUUCAGAAGAGGAAAGGGCAAAGAUAGAAUACUCGGAACACAACGCUUCAUUGAAUCCGUACGAUGACGUGGCUGAUGAGUCGGCGAGGAGUGACGUUGCUGUGUAUCCCAAUAGACCACCGGGAAACGAGGACUCGGCGGCGGAGGUGCCAUAUGAAGUAGUGAUGAUUUUACGUUUAUUAAUGGAAUGUAUGGUUUAUUCUAGAAUUACAUGUGUAUCCACCGAAGCUUCUCAUUACUUCUUGUUAUCAAUAUCGUAGCAAGGAAGUGUUGUCUUUUAAUGCAAGCCUUAGUUUUUUUUUUUUUUGUUAGUUUGGACGAAACUAUCAUUUAUCGUGGUGAGAUGAAAUCAUGAAAGUGAGUGUUCUGAGACCAGGCUUUGUAGAUUCUACUCCAAAUUCUGUUGUCUCUUCUUGAUAACUCUAUACACUCUACUUGAGACCAGACUUUGUAGAUUCUGCUCCAAAUAUUUGCCUUUUGUUUUGCUUAACACGUAAAUUUAUUGCAAGGGAAACUUAAACCGUUAUUUUAGUUUUAUAUCUCUCAUGCAAUUGCAUGAUCAAAUGGUAAACUGAUAUAAUGAUUGAGCUACCAAAAAGUUUUUAAUGUAAAACACAUUAUGAGAAUUGUUGUGGGUUCAUAAGCAGAUAGAGAAGAGAGACAUAUGUUUUGUGCUUUAGAAGGGGAGAUACGUUGAUUCAUCAUUCAUGUUAGGGUUUCUAAGGUCUAAAUAUCAAAAAUAGAAACUAACUAUAUUUACACAAAAAUGGUAAAUAAUUGCCAACAAUCUUGGAAGAAUAUACUACAAGUAUUUGACCUACGCUUUUAAAAUGCCAUAUUUGUAAUGUUGUAACUCUAAACUGUUUCUAACAAAUAAAAUUUGACGCAGUGGCCAAAUUAAGUUUAGAGAAAGCUUACAUAAUUUUUUUAAUAUUAUGUUGAUUUUUGUCAGCACUCAGCAGUAUAAUAUAAAUAAAAAUACUUUAUCCUUUUUGAAAACAUGUUAAUUGUUCUGAAAAAGUAUUGAUCAUGCUAAUAACUUAAUGGAACAACUCACAAUAUUCAGAUUAAUACAAGACAAAUCCCAAAUAUUAAAGGGUUUUUUGAAAAAUUGACCUACAACUUAAAGUCAAACACAAAACUAACCUCCAUUUUUUU